CGGGUGGCUCCGCAGCGGUGACUCGCUCGGGCGUGGUAGAUCCCGCAGCGGACCCGCCGGAGAUCCGCCUGCACCAGAAGCGACCCCGCAGCAGCCUCGGCCACAAGAAAACACUUCUGAAAAUGUUCCUUGUCAAAAACUUCCUUGGCGGAGGCGGAGGAGGAGGCAACAUCAAGAUCGGGGGAGCGAACAUCAACAUUGGCAAUGUCAUCGGAGGGUUUUUAGGUGGUGGAGGGGGAAGUGGAGGCGGAGGAGGUGGUGGAGGAGGCGGUGGAGGCGGAGCCAUGGGAAUCCUGGGAGGAGUCAUCAGCGCCAUCAGUGAAGCAGCCGCUCAGUACAACCCAGAGCCUCCGCCUCCUCGCAGCCACUUUUCCAACAUCGAAGCCAAUGAGAGCGAAGAACAACGGCAGUUCCGGAAGCUCUUUGUGCAGCUGGCAGGAGAUGACAUGGAAGUCAGCGCCACAGAGCUCAUGAACAUCCUUAACAAAGUGGUGACCCGGCAUCCAGACUUGAAGACGGACGGCUUUGGGAUUGACACUUGUCGUAGCAUGGUGGCGGUCAUGGAUAGCGACACAACCGGAAAACUGGGCUUUGAGGAAUUCAAGUACCUCUGGAACAACAUCAAGAAGUGGCAGUGUAUCUACAAGCAAUUUGAUACAGAUCGAUCUGGGACCAUUGGCAGCAGUGAACUCCCAGGAGCCUUUGAGGCAGCAGGCUUCCGGCUCAACGAGCAGCUGUACAGCAUGAUCGUGCGCAGAUACUCGGAUGAGAACGGGAACAUGGACUUCGACAACUUCAUCAGCUGUUUGGUGCGCCUGGACGCCAUGUUUCGUGCCUUCAAAUCUCUGGACAGGGAUGGGAGCGGGCAAAUUCGUGUGAGCUUGAAGGAGUGGCUGCAGCUCACCAUGUAUUCGUAAGGCCAGCCCGCCUGUGGGAUCGUGCCCCCCCUUGACAUCACCGAGCCUAUUCUGGACUGUUUUUAGAAGUUCCAUGCUACAUCUGCCUAGCAGUCCUCCCUGCGAUGUGGGACAGUCUAUAAUAAAUCCCUUUCUUUUCUUUUUUUCCAUUUCUCUUCCACUCCCUUUGCUAAAGCAAGAAAACAGGGGGCCCCUUUACGAUGUUUGUUUUAUUUUGCAUUUUUAAUCUCCAUUAGCAAAGCAACGGCUAAUACAGAUUUAACGUUAAGCGCUCCAAUUUGUUUACUAACAGUGGAUGGGUGUCUUUUUAAAAGAAGCCUCCAGUUUGCCGUGGUAUUUGCUUUCCUUUUCCCAGGCUGGCUCGGUUUAUCGCGGUGCCCGUGCAGAUUCUAUAAUUCACUAUAGUUUCAUGAUGGAACAACGGCCUUCAUUUUGGGAACCGGGGAGCCGAGGGGGCCUGCAUAUGGAAUUCUUACCCCUAGCAAAGCCACAGCUCGCCUUGGGGGACUUGUGUCUGGGUGUGGGGGGCAAGAUCACAACUGUGGUUGCAUGUGAGAAUUCUGCAUUGCGGCUGGUGUUCGCCCCCACUAAUCCUUGAGAAUGAUGCAACUGUAAAGAUGGAAGGGACCCCAGGUGUCAUCUUACAAUGCAGGGAUAAAAAAUCCAGCAUUUCCUGCUGACUGCCAUUUUAACUCCGUUUGUUAUGGGCAAGUUAGGCCAGGAGUGUUGCGAUGGGAGUCAGAUUAGACUGACGUGAAGGCAACAACAACACGCACCUCACAAAUGAAGGAAAUCCCCCUCCCCAUUUAUAAACCGGGGAGUGAGCCCCCAUAGCACUUUGCAUGGAUGCAAUUUUAAAAGCAAUAGGUCAGUAAUAGCGGAAGUCUACUCAAAACUAUUUAAGGAACGCCAGUUAUAGAGUUUUGCAGUUUAUUAAAAUAAAAUAAAACCAAGAGACAGCUGGUAUGAUUCUGCCCAAGGGCAACUGCGAAAUGUUGGCUUUGUGCAACCACAGCCAAAGUCUUCUUGGCAGUUUAAAAACAAUGUACCCUCCCCCCCCCUUUUUCCUUUUUUGCAAAUCGCAUGGAGGCUAGAGUGCCAUGCAGACUCUCCCCCCCUAAGCUCUAUACUUGCAAUACAUAUGCAAUUUCUAUGCAUGCAUUUUGAAGGAAUAAAAGAGCAGAAAGACAGCUGGUUCUCUCUGUCUAUAUAUAUCGUGACUUGAAUGAUAAGACUGUCGCCAAGUAUUCCUAGAACAGAGUUCCUUGAACAUGUAGCUCUAUCACCCUCUAGCGGCCGUACUUGAUAUUACAGUGGAGUUUCUCCCACUUGGGAAUCUAGAAAACUAACUUGGUGCCUUCCCAUUUUUAAUCUGGAGAGAAUUCCCCCCCCCCCCCAAAAGUAUCUGCCUCUAGUGCUGAAUUUCGGAAUGUGGCUCUUUGAAAUCAAACAGUUCUCAAGUCCAGCUUUUUCAGAUCCCAGGCCUGGAGGGGCCUCCAAAUAAAAAUAUUUUUUUACACCUGCCCACUCCAGCAUCCUGUUUUGAUGUACCCCGCUCAGAAUGGGUGAUCACGUGGAGAGUUUUGUCCUGCACAGGAUUUUUUGUAAUUUGUCUAAAUUUUGAAAAUUCAUGCAGCUGCGGGAAAAGAUCACCCACUGUUUGUCCCACUGGGACCUGGUGAAAAAGCUGUUUCAGCCAGAUGAAGAGAAUGUGUGCCUUUGAUUUUUUAAAAUAUAUAUAUCCAAGAUAGGGAGGGGGAGGGUUGCCUUUCUGUCGGAUUGCAGAGUGAAUCCCUUGCCUCGAAAAUGUGCCAGUUGCUUGUGCCUCUCCCUCUCCCAACACCCACUCUGUUUUCUAAACGCAAGAAUAAAAGGUGUGUAAUGAGAACAA